AUGGAAGCGGACCCGGACACUCAGGUCGAGGUCGAUUUCAUGAUCCGCGACUACCUUGCAUGCAUCGCGAUCGAUGGUGUUUUGACCGACCACCCCGGCCACGACGUGGACUGGCUGGUCCACUCGAUCCAGACCUUCCAAUCAUCCCGGACAGAAUCCCCGGCACCCCCACCUUCCCGCGAUCUCAAAAUCAAGCUGCAACUGUUGACCGUGGCCCACCGGCUCCGCGGCUACACGCCUGCCCGAGAUGCUCGCUCGCGCCCAACCCCCACAUUGUCUGCCAUUGCCAUUGAAUUUAUGGACCUCUGCUCCGCCGCAGUGGACAAGGUCUCCGAACCCCGCUGGUUCGAUAUCGGGGCGCGGUUUAUGCUGCAAGCAGUACUGGAAGAACAUCGCAUCGCUGACAGGACGCCAUCACAAGCCCUCCGUCAACUAUUUGCCUGGGCCCCCGGCGAGCCAGACCGCGAUCUGAAGUGGGCGCACAGCCGUCACCAAUACUCGAGUGACCUACCGCUACCAGGCAGGCCGUCUGCCCCGGAGCGCCAAGAUGCCCUGGCCCAAAAAUUUCCCUUGUUCGAGUUCAAAAAUCUGGUAAUUGAGUUCCUGCGAGACCUCAUGACAACCCUCGACCCGCCUAUAUUGAUCCAACUGGAACGGGGGAAACUGGGCAGCCUCAGCCGAGCGGAGACGCAACAACUGAAGGCGCGAAUUGGUUUACGUUGA